UUACGCUCGGCCGUCUGUCACGUGUCCUGCCUCUGUGGGCUAAUGUAUGGAGACUAAAGACGUUACACCGAGUAGCUCAUCGGCUCAGCACACGAUCUUUGACAGUGUGGCACAGUGAGGAGCGGCUCCUCUGCGCACCCAGAGGCGCCAUAUGGAGUGGAGACCGUUCUGGAGAUAACGAGACUUCGUACUUUGGAACACGGCUGUUCUAACCCAGUGCCUUCCUCUCUGCUGCGCACGGACUCUCCGGCUCUGUCCGUGAAUGAGGGUCUCUCCUUGGGCUGUUCCUGGAGUAAAGCCGUGACUAAUGGAGGAUGGCGGCGCAGAGAGCGAAACUCACGCCCAGUACACGAGUUCUCUCCCGCGGGAAGAGAAGGACAAGCUGGAGAAGCUUCUCGUGCUCAAAGUGUACAAGCGGAGGUGGUUUGUUCUGCUCGUGCUGUGCCUGCUCAACCUCUCCAACGCCACGUUAUGGCUGAGCUUCGCCCCGGUAGCGUCCCAGACCGCAUCCUACCUGGACGUGUCCCUGGUACAGGUCAACUGGCUGUCACUGAUCUACAUGCUGGUGUUUGUGCCCCUCAGUUUGGGAACCACGUGGAUGCUGGACACACUGGGACUACGCAUCACGCUGAUCGUCGGCUCAUGGCUGAACAUGACAGGUGCAGUGGUCCGAUUCAUAGGUGCGUCCCUGCCAACAGGCCAGGCCUCCGGCAGGUACCCUGUGGUGCUCGUGGGACAGACGUUCGGUGCACUGGCCCAGCCCCUCAUCAUCUUCACCCCCACCAAGCUCGCGGCACUGUGGUUCCCCGAGCACCAGCGCGCCAUUGCCAACAUGCUGGCCUCCAUGUCUAACCCUCUGGGGCUGCUCCUGGCCAACAUCCUGUCCCCUCUGCUGGAGGACUACGGAGGAGUGCCCAUCAUCACGCUGGUGUACACGGUGCCCGCCUGUGUGAGCUGUCUGCUGGCCACGGUGGGGGUCCGCAGCAGUACCCCGCCCACGGCCCCCUCGUCCAGCGCCCAGUCCAGCCCCGAGCCCUUCUUCCAGGGACUCAAACUGCUGGUAAAGAACAGAGCCUACCUGAUCCUGAUGCUGUGUCUGGGCUCAGGGAUCGCCUCCUUCACCUGCUUCUCCUCCCUGCUCGACCAGAUCCUCUGUGUGCAGGGCUACUCCAAUGACUUUGCCGGCCUGUGUGGGGCGCUCUUCAUCGUGUGGGGGAUUGUGGGGGCGGGGCUUCUUGGGGUCUAUGUCGACCGCACCAAGAAGUUCAUCGAAGUGACCAAGAUCAACCUGAGCCUGAGCGCUGUGGCCUGUGCUGCCUUCUCUGUGGUGGCGCUCAUGCCCGGGCAGAGUGUCGCGGUGGCUGUCGUCUGCUCUCUGUUCGGCUUCUUUGGCUUUUCUGCUUACCCCGUUGCCAUGGAGCUGUCGGUGGAGUGCUCGUAUCCUGUGGGAGAGGCCACCUCCGCAGGGAUCAUCUUCGCCUCAGGGCAGGUGCAGUCCUUGCUCUACAUGGUCCUGCUGCAGAGCCUGACCACACCCCUGGCCCCGACCCCUCCCUCCGUGUGUGGACAGGAGCCCCAGAGCUGGAGAGUGCCUCUGAUGCUGCUGGCAGGACUGUGCUCCUUCUUCACCUGCAUCUUCGUCCUGUUCUUCCACUCACGCUACAGACGCCUGGAGGCUGAGGAACUGGCACAAUACGGGACCAAAGAGGGCCCCGUCACCUCCGAUCAGGGGCCCCCUGUUGAGGGUGACCAGGGAUCUCCCACAGAGUACAACCAGAAGCCCCUCACCCAGCACGACCAGAGCCCCUGUACGAUCGGACCGGACCAUGACCAGGACCAGGACCAGGACCAGGACCAGGACCACGACCACCUGACUGUGUGUUCAGAUCCAGCGGUGGAGUGAAAACUCACUCAUAAUGUUUAUUAGAGUUUUUAUUUUUAUUUAAAAAAAAAAAAGUCUAAAUCACUAAAACUACUUUAAAUGACACCGGAAUUCUCAGUAAAAAAUCUGCAGACUGAUGGUUAAAUCAGUCUGCAGAUUUUUUGACCUGAUUUAUGGUCAGUGUUGGGGAGUAACAGAUUACAUGUACCAGAGUUACGUAAUCAGAGUACAAAUUAUGAGUAACUGUAUUCAGUUACAGUUACUGUUUCAAUGAGUGGUAAUUGGAUUACAGUUACUUUGUUGAAAUAAAUAAAUUCUGGGUGUAGAAAAACUGUGGUACAUGGAUGACAAGUUUUUUUUUCAGGUGGUAUGUUGACUUUAUUUUAUCUACCUUUCUACUUUCCAUUAGAUAAUCUUUUUUAGAACUACAGUGGAAAUGAUACAGUCCACUUUUAGACCUGGAAUAAUCCUGCUCUAGUCAGUUUAUGGUCCUAGUUGAGACCUGGUGGCACUCAGAAAGUACUUGGUCUAUAUAAUAGUGGCUGUCAAAUUUUCACACCAUCUCAAAAAACUAAACUAUUAUGAAAAAGCUCUAUAUUUACAUGGGUUUGACUGAAAUGAAUGACAAAAAAUACUGAAACUUGUCAUGAUAUUCAUAAUUUCUUGGGAUGGUCUGGAGAUCAGAGACUCAGUCCAGCUCCAGGUGGUUUACUGCAUCUAUGUCAGAACUAAACAAAGCACAAACAGCUGAGAGAGAAGGAUUCAAUUUAUAUCCUCAUCUUAAAUGUUAUAGGAAGAAUAGCUUUUGAAUGAUGUUUAAUAGAAUGAAUUUUGAAGAGCCAGUCUUUAAUAAAUACAUGCAAACUCCACACAGAAAGACUUGGGCAGAUUGUAUAUAACAAAUUCUACUAUUUAAUUCACGUUUAAUGGUUUGAGAAUGGUGCAGUGUCCAAAUCGCUAAUCCUGCCCUAACAUUUAAUUAUUUUUAACACUGUGACAAUGUUUUAAACGUCAAGCAGUCGCUCAAACGUACAUUUGUUUUCACUCUGAGGGGAAUUGUGUCUUACAGAAAAUGACCAGAUUCUUUUAUUUUAUGACAAUGUUACAUUUUGAAACCUGUGAAUAAGACAUGUUAAAAUACUUGCACUGGAUUGUAUUUUAAUAUCUGUACAUUCUUUUUAUAUCUUAACUCUAUCAAAGGUUUUUCAGAUCUUCUACUUAAAUGGACUAAUUAAAGUUUAUUUUGUAUUUAUCUUAACUUUUGAUACUUUGUGCUUUGUGUUGCAGCUCUGGCCAUGGUGGCACAGACAAAGGCUCUUUUAAAUGUACAGUUUUUAACAGUGAACAGUAAGAUGUAAAUAAAAUGCUCUCACACAC